AUGAAGCUGUCCACCUUUCUAUUCUUCGAACUGCUGUCCGUCACAGCGCAGGCCGGCCUUCUCGAUCAUAAUGUGGUGUCGGAACAGCAUGCCCUGCGAUCGCUCGAUGCAGUGAUAUUCCGUAAAUACGAGGUGGGGGACGACUUAUCCCUCGUAGACACCAUCCUUCUGGACUGCAAGGACUUUAUAUGCUGGGUCGCGGUGCGUAGCGGCUCCAAGACCGCGGUCGGCGUCGUCGAGAUAAAUAUCCCCUAUGAAGACACACCAGAGUUUCUCAAGACUGAAAUUGACGCCCAUAGGUCUCAGUCGCCGAGGGUUGGCGAAGACAAGGAAUUGCGAGUUCUCAAGCCCUAUCCGAAUGCGUGUGUGUACUUAUUCGUGGCAGCUUCGAAUACCGCUGCAAUAGCACUCUAUAAAAAGUCAGGAUUCAUUGAGAUUUGGGGUAAGCAGCUCCGUAUCGUGCUCGGCUCGGGACUCGUUGGCACAAGUUAUGUUUUCAAUGGCGCCUUGGACAUCGGAGGUUUCAACGUCGAGCUCAGCUAA